CGCGGGGGUGAGGGGCUACCUCUGGCUAAGAGCAGGGGGCGGCCCAGCGGCCGGGGGGCGCGGGGGGCGAGGCCGGGAGGCCCGGGGCAAGGCCCAGCCUGGGGCACUGAAAGCCAGCUCGUAGGAUCGGAGCAUGAAUUUUGUGACUGACAGGGCUGGACAGAGUAAAGACGGAGACCUAAUGGGCAGGCUGACCCGCACCGCGGCCUGGCUCGGGGGCGCGGGGGGCGAGGCCAGGAGGCCCGGUCUGGAGCGAAGCGGUCUGGGCUCGGGCGACUGAGGCUGGACUGAGGCUGUGGGCCGCGAACUGACACUCGGCUGGGCCAGGCAGGGGAGUCUCGGAUGUCGAACCGGUGGGCAGCGAUGGUCUGGCUGCCCUGGGGCAGGGGCCGAGGUUAGGAGGCCCGGCCUAAGGCCAGGAGGCCAGGCCCGGGGCCACCGAACCUGACUGAUGGCCCCGGGGCUCCAGUAUCUGCCUGACACGCCACGGGGGUCGAGAUUCCGGAGGCCAAGCCGAUGGGCGGAGGGGAGGACAGCAGAUUGGAGAGCGAGGGAAUGGGGCAGGGGGAGAGGCCGAAAGGCUCGGGGCGCCGCGGCCUGUCUGACGGCCCAGGGCUGACGGGCGCGAACCGACAACCGGGGUCUCGGGUGCCAAACUGUCUGAGCGACCGAGCGACCCGCAGGACAGGGAGCGCCGGAGGCCACUCGGAUCGGGUCGAGCGGCGAGGAGGGACCGGAGAGCGAGUGGAGCUGGGGCCAGAGCGGCUUAAACAAGCGAGGGAGGCUCGAAUGACGGACAGGCGGGAAGGGCCAAGGAGGCCCCAAGCGGGGCGACGGCCCGGGGAUCCCGGACUGCCGGGCUGCCGUGGCAGGGGGCGCGGUGCCGCCAAGAGGCCUUGGGCUGAAUGGGAGUGAACGGGGGCCCCAGGCCUGAGGGCGGCCGGGACCAAAGGGCCGGGCCUGGAUAGAGGGCGGCUUGGGGCACCGGGAUGAACGGCCGGGGAGGGCGAACCGGCCAGUUGGGCUGGGAGGCGGAGCUGUGGGUUGGGGACCGCCGGCCGCGGCCUGGCCGCUGACGAGGGAAACUUGGGUCCGACGUGGGGCGAGUGAAAGAGGGGAAAGUGAGGCUCUGCCAAGCAGGCCUAGCCGCGCUGGGGACAGGGGAGGCCUUGGGCCUGAGAGGCUGCUGGUGUGAGGGUGGGGUCGGGAGGCCGGGGCUGGAGUUGGGCGAAGAGGUGGCAGGCCCGGCCGAGGCCUGCGGGGGAGGGGGGCAGGAGAGCAGGCCCCGGGCCUGGAGGCAGCGCGGGGGAGGUUCCACCAGGAGGCCUUGCGGGUGGCCGUGGCGUCUUUGCAGGAGGAAGGCCCUGGUCAGGACAGGAGUGAGGACUUUGAGGACUCGAGGUUGCAGGGCGCGGAGUUUGAGUUAUGCCAUGAAGAGGGGGUGUGGGGAAAAGGCCCUGGAGUCUGGGGGGACUGAAGCUCCGGGAUAAGCUGGAGGGUGGUUGGGGAGGCCCUUGGCUGUGGGAGUGGAGCCCAGUACCAUGAGGCCUGAGUGUCCUGCAUAGUGGUGGUGGAAGAGGCUGUUAGAAGUCGGGCCGGUGUGCGGAGGGGACAGUGGAGGCCCCAGGCCAGCCAGCGGCUGAGAAGACAAGGGGCAGGCCGACCCAUGGGGAACAGGAGGAAAGG